AGUCAUUAGAGAAAACCAAAUUUGUGAGAUUUAGAUACUAGUCUACUGACAAUGCCUGGCUUGGCUUUUGCUAUUGUUUUCCUUUUGACUUCAUAUGCAGCGUUAUCUUCUCUUGACCAUUCAACCCUUGGCUGCAAUGGAGAAGAGAGGCAAGCACUUCUAAGGAUCAAAGCAAGCUUCAAAGAUCCAUCAUUAAGGCUUUCCUCUUGGAAAGAAGGAAGUGGUUGUUGCCAAUGGAAAGGUGUAGGUUGCAGCAAUAUUACUGGACGUGUUGUAACCCUUGACCUCAGAAAUCCUUGCUUCCCAAAAAGGGACCAAGGAUAUUUUCAACCAGACUGUUCCUUCUACAAAAAUGCUCUUGAAGCUCCACAUAUUCAUCCUUCUAUAGUGCAGCUUAAAUACCUCACUUAUUUAGACUUGAGUGGAAACGAUUUUCGUAAGAGCUCAAUACCAAUGUUCAUCCAAUCUAUGGAGCACCUGCAAGUUCUUUCUCUCUCUGACUCUGAUUUUUCAGGGAGGAUCCCUUACUAUCUUGGGAACCUCACUAAAUUGACCCUUCUUGAUUUCAGCUACAAUCCUCAUUUGUAUGCUGAUGACUUCAAUUGGAUUUCUCAACUUUCAUCACUGCAAUCCCUUUACAUGAGUGAUGUGAAUCUUGGUAAGGCACAAAAUUUGUUGCAGAGACUCAACAUGCUUCCUUCUUUGUUAGAAAUAGAAUUGAUAAAUUGCACACUAAACAAGUUACACACUCAUCAACUUGUUAGAGUCACAAACCUUUCCAGAGUGAAAGUCCUCAAUCUAGCAGAAAAUGAACUUCAAACUCCAUUUUUGGAUGCUUUUCAAAACAUGACUUCCAUUGCGGUGAUUAACCUUUCUGAAAACAACCUGAAUUCCGCUCCAUUCUGGCUGGCAACCUGUAUUAACCUUCUCGUUCUAUCUAUUCGAAGUAAUGAUCUUUCUGGUUCACUUCCAUCUGCUUUACAGAAUCUGACUUCCUUGACAUGGCUCGACCUUUCAGAAAACAAUUUUGAUUCUGUUCCACUCUGGUUAGGUGAGUUAAAGGGUCUUCAAUAUUUCAAUCUUUCCGGGAAUGAUGUAAAUCAUAUUGAGGGAUCUCUAGCAUCUAUUCUGGGAAAUUGUUGUCUUCUUCAAACAUUAGAUAUGUCAAGAAACAAGGUUCGUGGAGCUGAACUUGGAGACCAUAUGCAGUCUGGAUGCCUGAGGUAUGAUUUAAUGCAACUGGAUUUGAGUAACAAUGAAUUUAAUGAUAGUUUGCCAGCAUGGUUGGGGAAAUUUGAAAAUCUAAGUGACUUGCUUAUAUAUGACAGUAAUUUGGUCGGGACCUUUCCUUGUGAUAUAAUAACAAAACUUGUCAAUUUGAAGAGUUUGGUGCUUUCCAAUAAUAACUUCACCGGGUCUCUACCUGACUGCAUUGGGCAACUUCUCAAUUUAAGCACUUUGAGUCUUUCUUCUAAUCAUUUUCAUGGUGCCAUUCCUAGGAGUCUAGAGCAACUUGUAAGCCUAAACUAUUUGGAUCUUUCAGGAAACUCUUUCAACGGUACUCUUCCUCAGAAUAUUGGUCUACUUAAAAAUUUGAUCACACUCUAUCUUUCUGAAAAUAUUUUACAUGGAAAUAUUCCCCAUAGUUUUGGUCAACUUCUGAACCUGCAAAACUUAGACAUAUCUCUGAAUCAUUUGGAGAGUUUGGUAUCUGACAUAAGAUGGCCCAAGCAACUUCUCUACUUGAACCUCACAAAUAACCAUAUCUUUGGGUCACUUCCCCAAGAUAUUGCGGAUAAGUUGCCCAAUCUUACUCAUUUUCUUCUUGGAAACAACCUUAUAAGUGGUUCCAUUCCAAAGUCAUUGUGCAAAAUAGACUCCUUGUACAAUCUUGACCUUUCAGGCAACAUGUUAUCUGGUGAAAUUCCUAAUUGUUGGAGUGCUAUUCAAGCAAACCUCACUGAGAUAAAUUUGGCAUCUAACAAAUUAUCUGGUGCUAUUCCAAUCUCUUUUGGUAACCUACCCACGUUAGCAUGGUUGCACUUGAACAACAACAGCCUUCACGGGGGGUUUCCAUCAUCUCUGAGAAAUUUAAAACAUCUUCUAAUUUUGGAUGUAGGAGAGAACCAUAUCUCUGGGACUAUACCUUCAUGGAUAGGGAACAUUUUCUCAUUGCAGAUUCUAAGGCUACCGCAAAACGGGUUAAACGGACCAAUUCCUUCACAACUGUGUCAGCUUUCUGCACUGCAAAUCUUGGACCUUUCAGGCAACAACCUGAUGGGUCCAAUCCCUCACUGCAUUGGAAAUCUCACAGGAAUGAUUUCAGGACAGAAAUCUUUUGCCACGCAAUCUGGUGAAGGGCCUAGAAAUCUUGAAUGGUAUGAACAAGAGGUCAGGCAGGUGAUAAAAGGAACAGAACUUGACUAUACCAGAAUUCUAAAACUGGUAGUCAACAUGGAUUUGUCAAAUAACAGUUUGAGUGGAUCUAUUCCUGAAGGAAUAACAUUGCUUUCUGCAUUCCAUGGCCUAAAUCUAUCAUACAAUCAUCUGUCAGGACACAUCCCUGAAAGGAUAGGGAACAUGAAAUCACUAGAAUCUCUUGACAUCUCUCAUGAUCAACUUUCAGGAAGGGUUCCAGAGAGCAUAUCAAGUUUAACUUCGUUAAGCCACUUAAAUUUGUCCUACAACAACCUUUCAGGAUCAAUUCCCGAAGGAACACAAUUGUCAACCCUCGAUGAUCCUUUUAUUUAUGCUGGCAACCCAUUUCUCUGUGGACCUCCACUUCCAAAUAAGUGUUUUCGUGAUGAUUCCCAACAUGGGAAUCAAGAUGAAGAUGAAGAUGCCAAAAAGGAUAAAGUAGAGAAAUUGUGGUUUUACUUUGUUGUGGCACUUGGCUAUGCUGUUGGAUUUUGGACUGUGAUUGGAAGCUUAUUGAUGAAGAGAAGUUGGAGGCAUGCUUACUUUCAAUACAUCGAUAAGUCAAUGCAGAGGAUAAAUGUAUCAUGGGCAAUACAUUUAGCAAGUUUUAAGGAAAGAUUUACAGGAAACUCUGUUGCUGAGUGACACAUUAUUGCAAGUCUUUUAUGCCUUUUGUUUCUGUUUUAUGCCCUUGAAGGAUUUCAUGUUUAUUUUGUUUCAUAAAUAAUUCCUUCGCCUUUGUAAAAUAGUAGUAAUGCUACUUGUAGAAUUUCAGUUGUCGUGCAAAUAGUGUGUGAUGUUUUGUUUUAGUUUUAUUAAUAAAUGCAAAAAUGUUGUGU